AUGACGACAACAGACUUCUGGUCGAAAGCCGACAGCUACUUGAUGCACACCGGCGUUCCACCCUCGCCAGUAGUGAUCACCAGGGCCAAAGGCACCCGUCUCUACACUUCCGAUGGCCAGGAGAUCCUUGACUUCACAUCAGGCCAGAUGAGCUCACUGCUCGGCCACUCACAUCCAGAAGUCGUCGAAGUAGUCCGCAAAUACGUCGGCGAACUCGACCACCUUCUCAGCAACAUGAUCACACAGCCAGUUGUCGAUCUAGCUGAGCGACUAGCCCGCAUCCUCCCUGCUCCACUCCAAAAAUCUUUCUUCCUAAACACCGGCUCCGAGACCACCGAAGCUGCAAUCAAGAUGGCAAAGUGCCACACCGGCAAAUUCGAAAUCGUCGCUUUCACAGCAAGCUACCAUGGUCUCACUCAAGGCUCCGGCUCCGCAACCUACUCCGCCGGUCGCAAGAACGGCGGCCCCGCGAUGCCCGGCCAGCUCGCCUUCCCAGCACCCUACGCGUACCGCUCACCGUUCAAGAAAGCGGACGGCUCCUACGACUGGGAAACGGAGCUCGACUUCGGCUGGGCCAUGAUCGACCGCCAGAGCGUCGGCUCCCUGGCCGCGUUCAUCAUGGAGCCCAUCCUCUCCACUGGCGGUAUUCUGGACCCCCCGCCCGGCUACCUGGCGCGCAUGGUCGCCGAGUGCAAGAAGCGCGGCAUGCUGGUGAUCAUGGACGAGGCGCAGACGGGCAUCGGGCGCACGGGCGAGAUGUUUGCGUUCCAGCGCGACGGCAUUGUGCCCGAUAUCCUGUGCUUGAGUAAGACACUGGGCUGCGGGCUGCCACUGGCGUCGGUGAGCACGACGUUAGAGGUCGAGAGGGGGUGUAAGGAGGCUGGGUUCUUGUGGCUGACAACGCAUCUCAAUGACCCGCUGACCGCGGCGGUGGGCAACAAGGUGCUUGAGAUUGUGGAGCGCGACGAUAUUUGCCAGCGUGCGCGCGAGAGGGGUGCGCAGUUGCGUGCGGGACUCGACAAGUUGAUGGAGAAGUACUGGUGCAUUGGGGACGUGAGAGGGCGCGGAUUGUUCCAGGGCAUCGAAAUGAUAUCUGAUCCCAAGACGAAGGCGCCGGGUCUGGAGAUUGGCCAUGCGGUGGCUGAUAGGGCGAUGGCGUGUGGAUUGAGCUGCAACAUAGUCAAUCUGCCCGGCAUGGGAGGCGUCUUUCGCGUGGCGCCGCCUGUCACUGUGUCGGCGGACGAGAUCGAGGAGGGGUUACGGAUUCUCGAUGAGGCGUUUGACCAUGUCUUGAAGAGCCACGGGCCGAAGCCAAAGACGAACGGCGUCGUGGUACCAGCGCUGGACUGA